AUGUCGACUCCCGUGAGCCCCGUGGAGAACAAGCUCCCGAUGCGCUCGGCGACCAUGAGCAGCAGCUUGACCCGCCAGACCUCCGUCAGUGACGACGAGGCGAUUCCCGACACUGAUAGCAGCGAGACUACCAAUCUCCUGCUGGAGCGUCUGCGCGCAUGGAAGCACAUGUGCGGAAACCUCGAGGACUAUGUCUCUAUGACUGCCAAAAUUUCCAAGUCCCAGUCCAAAGACUACGAGAAGAUCCUGAAGGUCGGGACCGUGAGCGAUCCUCUGAAGGAAGGCAACCAUUUCAGCUCCAGUGCUGGCGGUGUGACUGGUCUGUUUGAGAACAUGCGGAACAACUCGCAGGGAAUGGUCAAUAUGUACCUUGAGACUGAGAAGAAUCUCAGGGGUAGCGUGCUCCCCACUUUGGAGCGCCUGCACAAGGAAAUCAAGAACAAGUCGAAGGAGCUCCAGUCUGGGGCUGUCAAGGGUGCCAAGGCCGUUGAGAAGGCCCGGCAGGCGACCCAGAAGCAUAUUGAGCUGCUGGGUCAGCACUCGGCAUCGCACGAUGCUGUCGCUCAAAACAAGAUCGAGACGCAGCACGACCCUUACAUCCUCCGCCGUGGUAUCAACCACCGUCUGAACAAGCAGGUUACCGAGGAGAACAACCACCGCAAUGAUGUUCUGGUCAUCCAGAACUCGUUCGCCCAAUUCGAGGCUCACGUCCUCCAGACCAUUCAGGGCGCUCUUGACCAGUUCUUCCAGUUCAUGGGCAGCCAGCUCGACCGCCAGCGGGCCAUGUACGCGGAUAUCCUCGGCACCGCUCAGCGCAUCCCAGCCGACUUUGAGUGGAUGAACUUCUGCGUGAGCAACGAUGCCAAGCUAGUCAACCCAGACUCGCCACCACGCUCCUUGUCUAGCAUCACCUAUCCCAACAUGGACCACCGCUCCACGCAGCCUCUAAUUGAGGGCUCCCUGGAACGCCGCUCGCGCGCCAUCAUCAAGGGCUACAGCACGGGUUACUACGUCGUGACGCCCGCACGGUACCUACACGAGUUCGCCGAUACCGACGACUUCCGCAAGGACCCUACCCCCGAGCUGUCGCUGUACCUACCUGACUGUAUCGUCGGCGCUAUCGACGGUGUCAAGUUCAACGUCAAGGGCAAGGACGUGUCCAGCGGCAAGGUCGGCAACGCCUUCCACACCACUACCGAGUUAAGCUUCAAGGCACACAGCUCCAACGACGCUGAGAAGUGGUGGACUGUCAUUAAGGACUGCACUCGCGCCCCUGUUUUGGCCUCUCCUGCUGUCACCUCGCCUGUCGCUACCUCCCCCGUCAGUCCUGCUGCCACCAGCCCCGCAGCCGUCAGCCCGGCCGGUAACUCCGCAGCCCAGCCCCCAGUCUAUGCCGAAAAGGAGAAAGCAGCUGCCGCCGCCAGCUCCUCUGCUGCAGCUGCUCCCGCUGCCGAGAAGAGCGUCGAUGCAACUGCCGCUAGCCCAACGGCCGGUUUGAGCCGCUCAACCAGCACGGCCAGCCACUUCCACGGCUCUCCCGGUGGCUCCGCUGUGCAGGAGAAGUCGUGA